UUUUUUUUCUAUUUCUUUCUCUUUCGCUCGUCUUCUACCGGGCCGUGUGGUAAAGCAGUACAAAAAUCCUUAAAAUCCAUCCAAAAAUGACUAUCGGAGACGUAAAAACCGCCCAGGGACUCAAUGACCUAAACACUUAUUUGGCUGAAAGAAGCUAUGUGUGUGGCUACACACCUUCUCAAGGUGAUGUACAGGUGUUUGAGAAGGUCGGCAAAGCGCCGGCCGCCAGCUUACCACACGCCCUCCGCUGGUACAACCAGAUUGCCUCAUACACACCAGCCGAGCGCAAGUCCUGGGCUGAUGGUGUGAGCCCCCUGACCGCCGGCGGCAAGACCACGGCUCCAGCACCUGCCGCCAAGGACGACGACGAUGAUGAUGUCGACCUAUUUGGCUCUGGUGAUGAGGAAGAGGAUGCAGAGGCAGCCAGAAUUCGUGAAGAGCGUCUGAAGGCAUAUGCUGACAAAAAAUCCAAGAAACCUGCCCUCAUUGCCAAGUCCUCAAUCAUCCUUGAUGUUAAGCCCUGGGAUGAUGAAACAGACAUGAAAGAAAUGGAAAACCAGGUCCGCACCAUUGAAAUGGAUGGUCUCUUGUGGGGUGCCUCCAAACUUGUCCCUGUAGGCUAUGGUAUCAACAAACUGCAGAUCAUGUGUGUGAUUGAAGACGAUAAGGUGUCUGUGGACCUCCUUACAGAAAAGAUCCAGGAAUUCGAAGACUUUGUCCAAUCUGUUGAUAUUGCUGCUUUCAACAAAAUCUAAAUGAAGCCAUAAUUUAUUUUCUUUUCAAUAAAACAAUUUAAAUAAU